ACUAGACUACCCUUCAACCCUCUACACGCAUGCUCACUCAGCUGAGACACAGAGACAGAAGUAGAUGGUGAUUUUCCUGCAUGACUUUACUACAGAGCACAACGCUCUCAGAUUCUCUUUUUAAACUCCAGAGCUGCUGGAAGAAAAUGAUUAAAGAAAAUACACUUGUUCUUUUCUGUCUGUGCCUUUCUCAUCUGGUUGGUGUGUUUGCUGAUACAGACACAGUGAAGUCAGUGUCAGUGAAGGAGGGAGAUUCUGUCACUCUACAGAUGAAUGUCACUGAAAUACAGACAGAUAAGAUUGAGUGGAAAUUCGGAACUAACAAGAUUCUUAUAGCUAGAAUUAAUGGAAAGAGCAGUAAGAUAUUUAAUGGUACUGAUGGGAGAUUCAGAGACAGGCUGAAGCUGGACGAUCAGACUGGAUCUCUGACCAUCACAAACACCAGAACCACAGACUCUGGACUUUAUGAAGUUUACAUCAGCCGCAGAAGUUCAGAGGAUACACACAGAUUCAGUCUUACUGUCUACGCUGCUACAACAACAGCUCCUCCAUCAACUCCUCCAUCAGCUCCUCCUUCACAUCCUACUUCACAUCCUACUUCAGGUUCUCAUUCAGGUCCUCCUUCAGGUUCUUCAGGUUCUCCAGUCUUUCUGUUAGUGCUGAUCUCUGCUGCUGCUGGAUCUCUGUUGAUUCUUGUUGCUGUCGGGAUCAUCUGGAUCUGCAGGAAACAAAGAACAACUGAUCAACAUGCUGAGACCCCUGAAGAGGUAAUCACUUACGCUGAUCCAACAUUUCACAAAAGAAACGCACAGAAAUCGGAGGAUGAUGUGGUGUACGCUAGCGUCGUCCAUAGACGUUAAUUAAAUUCUCAUUAACUGAAUGUUUCCUCAUCACUGAUGUUUUCAUCACAGUCAGUACACAUGCACACUUUGCAAUUAUUGCAACAAAACUGUAUACAUAUUGAGAAUGGUGUUCAUGUUUGCAUGCUCUGUGUAUUUUUUUUUUUACAAAAGAGUGCACAUGUGAAAUAUAACUAAAGUGACUGGAGCAUGAAACUAGCUUAACAUUUUAGAACAAAGAUGACUUUUAAAAAUUGAGUUAUCUGGGUUUUUUUUUUUCAAACUCACUCUCUCUCUCUCUCUCUCUCUCUAUAUAUAUAUAAUAUAUAAAUGCAAAACAAGUAUUUGCUUACUAUUUGUAUGCAUGUAAACUCUGAAUUGCAAUAUUACCUUUUGUGUGUGUGUGUGUAAUUUAGAUUGAGUAAUUUUUACAAUGGUUUGCUUAUUGUGAUCUCGUUAAUGUAAUGCCUUUCAGUUAAACUAAAGGUCAAAAAGUUCAGCAUACUCAAAUACAGAGAAAGCUGAUUUAGUUACAUAAAAAAAGAUUAGUUACAUAAAAACAUAGGUUAGUCUCAGUUGAAUCCAAAAAGCAAGUGGCCCCAGAUAUUGUAUUCUUGUGUUCCUAAUUAACACCCUGUUUUGUGAACAGAUUCUGCACAUUUAGUUUAAAUUUGUGAGUCUAGUGUCCUCUGAGCUAUUAGAAAAAAUUACAAAUCCCAUUCUCAAUAAUCCUAAAACUCAUCCACAAGUAAUAGACAUUUAUGAUACAUGAACUAAGCACAGAUCAGAAUGAAUUCAGAUCAGAUGUCUUUAUUUAAAAAGAUGAUAGUCAAUAUUCUGUUGGUGUUAAAUUCAAAUGAAAACCUUAGCAAUCUGCAGAAUGAAAAAUGGAACUUUCAUUUUUUAGAGCUGGAAAGAAAUGUGGGUAGACAUCAUGUGCAUGAGAAGGGGCUUAUUAUUGGACGUUUGUGGUUAAUGUGCAUCUGUGUGUGCAUGUCUUGAGGCAUGAAUAGUGUGAGUGUGUGUUCCUGUUAAUCGGUUGGUUGUUGUACUUCCACAUUUUCACUUCCUCCUUAUGCAAAACUGUUUUAUUGCACAAUAAAGUACAGAAUCCCUGAAUGCUAAUGUUUGACAAAAUUAUUCAUGUGUGAUUGUGAAAUGUUACAAUAUAUAAUAUACAAUGUUUAUGUGACAUACAAGACUGAUAUUUACUGGUAUAUGUAUCUCUCUAUGUAUUCAUGACUUUACAUACUAAUGCAGUAAUCCUGCGGAUAACAAGUGUUAGUUAAGCAGAAGUUAUUUGCAGCUCUAGCAACGCUUAGAAGUUGUUUCUGAGAAGUUUCCACUAUUAUUGAAAAUCACACCCAAGUCUGCAUAUGUAUUUCGAUAAGAACAUGUCAUGUUUGUCUGUCAACCUGUAGAAAAAAAAAGUGAACUGUUAAAAAAAUAAAUACUACUGCUAUUA